AUGGAGAACGUUAGAAUAAGUAUGGAAGCUCUUACCGAAAUUCUUGCUAGUUUGUCAUUACAGUUUUCGGAAAUGUUAAAUCAAACAUACGAAAAAGGAUAUUUUCCUUUUAAUUUUCUAAUUGUGAAAUACCUGUUCUUGUAUCAUCCGGAUUAUAUUCAAACAGUGCUAAAUGAUUCUCAAUGCAUUAACAAAUCGAAAUUGUAUAAAGGAUUUAAAGAUUGGAUUGGAGAUACUAUUUUCAUGAGAAGUGACAAAGCUCAUACAGAGAGGAAGAAAUUAUUGUUGCCCGCCUUUCGCCUGAAAGUAUUGCAUUCAUUUAUUCCAAUAAUCGAGAAGAAUGCCAGAAAAUUAGUUGAGGUUUUGAUGGAAAAGGAGAAAGUUUUCAUAAUACCUGUCGUUAAGCAGUGCGGAUUUAAUAUUUUGUAUGAUACAGUUCUUGGCGUUAAAGAUGGUUCUACUGUUAGAGAGAGAAGUUCUUAUUAUGAAAAGUUAAUAAACGCAACAUUUAAACCAGUACUUGAUAGAUCAGUUAAUUUUCUGAUGUCGUUUGACUUCUUGUUUUAUUUAACAUCAAAAGGAAAAGAGUUUAAAUCAAACAAAGAAAUUAUAAGGAAGUUUACAAAAGAGAUAAUUGCUGAAAAAAUCCGUCUACGUAAAGAUGAAGAAAACAUAAUGGAAAUUAAUGAAAAUCCAAAAUCUCUAUUGGACUUUAUCUUAGAUGCCAGAGAUAAAAAUCCAGAACUGACCAUUGAUAGCAUCUGUCAAGAAAUCGAAUUUUUUCUCGGCGCUGCAUACGAAACAACUGCACUAACCGUCACCUGGUCGUUAUACUUAAUAAGUCAACACGAAGACAUUCAAAGAAAAGUUCAGNCAAUUACUAUGGAAACUCUGAGGCUUUAUCCACCCGCUCCAGUGAUUUCAAGAAAAACAAAAAACUCUUUAAGAUUUGGAAAUAAAGAAUUCAGCAAAGACUGGAUAUACGUUAUUUCUAUUUUUCAUGUUCAUCGCAAUCCAAACGUGUUUAAAAAUCCUAAUGUUUUUGAUCCUGAGAGAUUUCUUCCUGAAAACUCUUCCAAACGUCCACCUUACUCUUUCAUCCCGUUUUCGGCAGGACCCAGGAUGUGUCUGGGGUAUCGUUUGGCCAUGAUCGAAAUUAAACUGAUUCUGCGAGUUUCUUUAGUUUUGGGAUCGAAUGAAUAA